CUCUAUCGAGAGUUAGUAACACUCUAUCGAGAGUUAGCAGCACUCUAUCGAGAGUUAGUAGCACUCUAUCUAGAGUUAGUAACACUCGAUGAAAAAUUAUAAGUUAUAGAGCUAUGUCUCUUAUGGGCCACCGUAAAUGGCCGAAUUGACAAAUACGUUUUCGCAAGCCGAACAGUUUCUUCCGGAUUUCGAUCUUGUCGGAACAAUCCUUGGCCCUUAUCGCCAUGUAAAAAUGUCUUGCCCAGGCCGGUCAUUGCGUGUGUUGGUUCAGUUGUUUCUCAUCGGUAUCAUUUUUCGAUGCUAAGAUCUACAAAAGCGCUGGAAAUAUGGAUGCCAUAGAAGCUGCCUUAAUACUACGGAUAUCAUUAAUAGUCGAGUAGUAAUAAUAAUAAUAAUAAUAAUAAUAAUAAUAAUAAUAAUAAUAAUAAUAAUAAUAAUAAUAAUAAUAAUAAUAAUAAUAAUAAUAAUAAUAAUAAUAAUAAUAAUAAAAAUAAUAUAUUGAGUGAUGUUAUCAGUGGAAUUUGUGUUCAAGCAGAGGUUUGUCUAUGUAGACGAAAAACCCUGUUUUGUAAAUAUGUGAUGUGAAUAUCCUCUCGCGCCGUGAACUAUCUUUGCGUUUUCCUCCAGUUUUUUUAAAAGCAUUCAAACCAUUUUACAUCAUAACAUCAAGUUAACUCACCGGGGGUUCGUUACUAAAAUUACUACCCUAAAAUUAACACCACUCUCCGACUUUUGAAAUAUAAAAUCGCCUGAUACUCGGGCUAAUUGAUUUUGGAAAGUGCCAUAUGCCCUACAGCCCUACAGAAAACAAUGGAAAUCUUGUCAAUCAUGCAAUAACAAAAGCAUAGCUACUGUUAAGAAAGCUAGGUGCAGGUGGUAUUUUUGAUAAUAUGUGAAAAUAAGCCUUGCCAAUCUGAAUCGGUCAUUGAAAAUACAAUGUCAAUCCCAGUAUGGAUAACAAGCUAACUGAUAGCCAAUGUCUAGAAAUUACCUUAUUUUAAAAAGUGAUGUGAGUUUUAAUUAAAGCCAGCAUGACUUCGCGAUAUCAUUAUACAUAUUACACAUAAUGCAUGCCCUCAAUAAAUUGCUUCAAUUGAAGUCUACCCAUUCACACCGUGCCAUUGUCCUCAUUUAUUAACCAUGUCUAUGACGACUGCCCCGUGUUAUCUUAAGCUUUCUAAGCCUGAUCUGCGUAACAAAGUGAUAACCCAAAUGGGGUUGUCACCACGACGUAUGCCUUGAGUAAACAAUACUGGCUUGUAAAUAGGCCCUGAAACCUUACAUUAUUAAAAAGAGUGCAGACUGCGACUACGCGGUUUUAAAGGCCAUGUAGAGAAUCGGCGACAGAAGAGUUCCCAAAUUUCAGAAGUUCUCCUGAACAGCAGACCAACUUCUGCAGACAGGAUGACUUAUCCGAAAGACCUCUUUCUCAAAUUUUUACCCAUGCAGGUGGCUGAGCAUUUUCGCGAGCUCUCUCUCAAAUGUCUUCUGGUACUGGGUAUUGGACUUGCCUUUAUUGGCGAAGUUAAGUCUGCUGCUGGAGAUGGCUGUAAGAAACUACCAAUGGAUGAUGUAGUGUACGACAUGUACCUGAAAUACCACUCCGAGGCCAACUUUACAAAUGUGUCUGUGGGCCAAUGCAGUGUCAACUGUUUCUUGAGUGACACAUGUCAAUCAAUCAACUAUAACAAUAAGACCAAGCUCUGUCAGACCAGCACAUCUACUCGAUUUCAGCAUCCAAUUGAUUUCAAGGAACAUGUGGACAAUAUUUACAUUGGAACAAAGAAUGCGUGUGUAGUGGGGUCAUGCCCUCCUCCCUCUGUGUGCAAAGCGGACUUUAAGAAUGGAGGUUACACCUGCGACUGCCCUGAUGGCUUAUCGUGCUCUACCACACCAACUACAACGGCGAGUGAGGGAAGCACAACAGCAGCUACACCGGCGAGUGAGGGAAGCACAACAGCAGCUACACCGGCGAGUGAGGGAAGCACAACAGCAGCUACCACGGCGAGUGAGGGAAGCACAACAGCAGCUACCACGGCGAGUGAGGAAAGCACAACAGCAGCUACACCGGCGAGUGAGGGAAGCACAACAGCAGCUACAACGGCGAGUGAGGGAAGCACAACAGCAGCCUCCCCAACGACCUCGUUAAAUUCUCCUUCCACGGAAGAACCAUCGUCAACGACCACCUCGGCACUAACGACAACAGCAUCAGCACCUUGCUCAUCGAAUCCUUGUCAAAAUGGCGCAGCAUGUACGGAGUCCGUCUGGGGCUACUCGUGCGCAUGCCCUUCUGGAUAUACCGGAGCGAACUGCGAAACAACAUUGACAUCUGGUGUUGGAUGCGUAUUGCACUUCACAACCAAAAGUACAUCCAACUAUAUCCAACUCGACAAGCCGUUUCGUUGGUUUGAUGAAUUUUCAGUAUCAGUGUGGCUGAAAAUGGAUGCAGAUGACGAUAUUGACCCCGCUAUGAUACUCUCGUACGCAACGGCCUCGAACGUGGAAGCACUAUCAAUCGGUAUUAAGAAGGAUGGUGUCGCGGAGAUCAAGUUUGCUGGAGCAGGAGCGUCACUCUCAUCGGGCUUUACCCGUGACAACACUUGGCAGCAUCUAGUGUUUUUGUAUGGAAAUGAAAGGUUCCAAGUUUACAAGAACAAAGUCUUACAAGAGGAGAAAGUAGUUUCAGGUAUCUCUUCCUUACGCCCGGAUGGUAGUAUUUUAGUGAUUGGCCAACAUCAGGGAUCUGUAGGGAGAGACUUUGACCCUUCGAAGCUGUUCUACGGCUACAUGGCAAACCUAAAUAUCUGGACAUAUGAUCUUGAUGAUUGGAAUAGGGGCAAAGUGUACGAGCAAGGGUGUACAGGCUCAGUUUACAGCAACCCAGCCUUGUCAUGGGGGACAAUUACCGGUAAAACGCUAUUGGGCAACAUACAACCACAAUGCGCACUAACAUGCCCUUAAACGUCAAAACGGUUUGAUUGACAAUGCACUGUUCUCAAUACGAGAAAUGGGCGUUCACGAUUUCCUCCUCCUGCCUAGUGCACACUAGUGACAUAACAACAUAGGCGCGCGCACUCUUUUAAGCCCGACAUAACGACAUGGACAUUAUGACAUAAAAGAAAAAACAAGUUUUUUUUCU